UGCUGAUAUAUCACUUGUAGCACAAGGAAUUCAUCAAAACGUUGAUUUUCAGCAGCCGGCUUAUCCGAAUUCGCACAGUACCUUGUACUACAACCGCGUGCUCUCUUCUCUCUUUCGUGUUAAACGGGGACAAUGACCGUCGAAGUCACUCAACACGAUUCCGACGUUGAAUCCACACAAAAUCAACCAGCACAAGAACAGAAAUGGCCUCAAAUUUCAGUGUCGAAAUUAGCUCAGAGCUUUUACUACCAUUGCGAAGAGCAUGUCAAACUGACAAUGUCAGCGGCACCAGUCAAAGUCAGCAAAGAAGACGACAGCGAAGACCAAGAAGACAGCAAUGGCGGUGAAGAAGACAAGGCUCCACUAGGCGUACGCGUGGAAGACGCGUCUACAGAAGCUCAUUUUCAACGUGGUAAUACUUUUGAAGAGGUGCUUAUGCAGCAGCUGAGCUCGGUGGCUGUGGAUCAUACACACACGCCCACAGCGAAGAGCAAGCAGGUGCUUCGUGAAGCAAAGGUCGGUCAGGUCCUAUGCCAGCUGAGUUUCGAAAUGCCCAAAGGAUUUUAUGCAUCGAGCGCGCAUGACAACUAUCGGCUUCGCCGGUUUAUACCCGAUUUCCUGUGGACCAAGGAAGACCCUUCAACCAAGACUAGGACAAUUUUCGUGAUUGAUGCCAAGUCCAGUCGAGCAAUGAAUUCAUAUCAUCAGUUUCAAGUUGCAUCGUAUGCCUACCUCCUGGAAUAUAUCGUCAAGGAUAUCCGCAACCUCGAAAUCGAUCCUGUCGGUGGUGUAUGGCUACCAUCCAAUAUAUUAGAGCCCGAAACAUUUAGAAUCGACCUGAUGAUGCCCAAAAUGAAGUUCUUCUAUACCGUCGAGCUGCCAGCGAUUAUCGCUUCAGAACAAACAUCGUGGUUGUACAGCACAAAAUGCAAAACAUGCGAGUAUACGGAUAUAUGUUGUAGUCAGGCAUAUGGAACACCAGGCGCCGUAGCCUACAUGACCGAUUACAAAGUCAAGGCAUUACAAAGACGUCGAAACACGGAUGCAAAUAGCACGGUGACAAUGCUAGGGUCCAGUAGCAAAACGACUAGAACUGAUAGCAUUGAUGAAUUGACCGAUCGCUUACAAAACCUUAAUACCGACAACACAGACGACAUCGAAGAUUUAAUGAGCCAGUUUAAUAAAAUCAAAAUCAAGGAUCACGGUGUACCAGUCCCAGACUGGAUGGUGACUCCAGAAUUCCAACCGUAUAUCGACGCAUAUAAAACACAGAAGCCGCAGUUCCGUGGCAAUCCUACUGUGUCUCUAGCAGAAAAGAAUGACCAUGAUAUCUUUGUCUCUUUUGCCUAUGACCCCAUGUAUCGCAGUAUAUGCGCGUAUUCAAUUCGAGUUUAUACCCCGGUGGGCAAUGUAUUGAAAGAGUUGGAUUGUAAUGGAUCUGUCGCCUACGAAAGUCGUUCGUCGCCACGCUACAAGGAACUUGCCGUGUCUUUGGUUACCGAUUUGGUGCUUGUUCUCAAUUUCAUGAAUGGCAACAAUUCAUGUUGUACACUCUAUGUUGCUAGCAGUCAAGCCAAACAUCAAUUACGCAUGACUUUGCUGGAAGUUGCCACGCGCAAAGAACAAGAAGAGAAAGAAGAAAAAGAAGAAGAGGAGGAGGAGGAGGAGAACCAUGGUGAUAAAGAAGAUACAAUCCGACAAAAAGCAAUGGAUUGUCUUCUUGUGAUCUUUCAGGACACGCAGCUUUUGACUAUACCUGGCGUCGAUGCAUUCCCAACCGAGCUUGAAGAGGUGACAGUCCCACGACUGGUAGACUUGGAACGCCUAGUUCAAGAAAACAUUGCUCUUGGUGUCCCGGGAUUCUAUACGCUCACUGAUAUGCUUCAUUGGCUGUGCACUACCGACGACGAUGAAGAAAAGAUCAAAAUCAAAAAAAAUGAUACACUCUUGCUUGAUGAGGCGGGAUUAUAUGACCGCUGGCACGAACAAGACAACAUAUCGCAGCAUCUCAUUACUCAUACCCGACAGCUACAAAAUAUUUUGUUGCGUUAUCGUGAGCUUGCCAUAGCAUACAAGGAAAACACAAUGGUAAACAUAUAUUGCCUAAAGAACGUCCCCUUUGUGUGGUCUAAAACACAGAAAUUUCGAUCCCCUCUCCUUGGCCGCCUAGCAUUUUUCAAGAAACUAGAGUGCGUAUCGGGAUGUGACAACGUGCGCAGUGCUCGAAUCGGUGAUCUUACGUCACCGUACGCGAAAAGCAGUUUGCAUUUGGUGUUUCGCCGCUGGGAGGUUAUUCCAAACUCAUAUGGCAAAAAAGAUACGUGGCUCGCAUGGUUCGAUGUUAUUCUUGAUCGGUUUACGACAUCCAUUGCAGCAAGAAUACAGAUGGACAGUCUAGUACACAAUAGCUUCAAGGAGUAUAUGCUUGUUAACGAUACCCGUGAGGGUAUUUUAGAAGCGAUCCGAUUCCCGGACUUGAAGCAUCGCAAAGCGCUCCGUGGUAUUAACGAAAGCACACUAGUCAAUGUCGAUCGUGUGUCUGAGACACAAUUCAGCGUAGCAUUGACUGGUUACUUCAAAGAUCUUGGCCUCGUCAAAGGCAGAUAUUAUCGACUGUAUAGACGAUAUAUUGAUUUCAAUACGGAUAAGAUUCUGGAAGCAUUGUCACAAAUUGACAGUGAAAACGAAUCGAGCCUGUUUGAACACGUGUUAACAGAUCCAAAUGCUUGGGCUGAAGAAGAGCAGCAACAGAAACAAGAGGAGAAGGCAGUAGGAGAGAGGACUGUGUCAUCCGAUGCGCGCGCAACAGCAUUGAAACUGAGGGAUAACUUUCGCAUGUCGCCUUCGCAGAAAGAUAUUUCUGCCAGCAUCAUCAAAAAACGCUUACAGAUUGUUUGGGGCCCACCGGGUUCUGGAAAAACCGAGUUUCUGGCCUUAUUCAUCAAUUGGUACAUUACCCAUCUGCAUGAUCGUGAGAAUGGAAAGGCUUUCGUAAUCGGUGUCACUGCGUUCACCAGGCAUGCCAUCACAAACUUGUUAAAGCGGAUAGCCGAUGUUCAGAUGCGCCAUCGUACAUCAACCGAUAGCAAGACGUUUACAAUUGUCACUAUGGAGUCCGCCUCAUCAUCAAAUGGCUCAUCACCAGCUGUAUUGCCUGAUGCAAUUCACUGCAAGGCUGAGCAACUUCCAAAACAUUUGCCGCAGAAAGGUGCUGUGGUCGUUGGUGGUACUGUUUGGGACUGGUAUAAGGCUCAAAAGAAAACAACCAAGAAGUGUGACAUGAUGAUCAUUGAUGAAAGCUCUCAGCUACUCGUUCCGGAUGCCGCAAUUGCCAUCAAUUGCCUUGACUCAAAAAAGGGACGACUGAUUAUCGCUGGAGACCACAUGCAAUUGGGCCCAAUUCUUCAUAAUACUUAUCCAAAGCUACCUCUGAAGGAACCAUUACUGUUUGGAUCCAUCCAACAGUGUAUGAUGCGGACCACAUCCAACGAGUCGAUCCCACCACAAGAAUUCUUACUGAAAAAAGGCGCAAGACGUGAUUUCGGUCCAAACACAAUUCAGCUCAAAGAUAAUUGGCGAAUGAACGACGAGUUGAAUUCAUUCUUCAAACAAAUCUAUGGCAACGAUCUUGCUUCUCAUUACCCUAAUCAGCGCCUUAAAUAUGAUUGGACGCGCGUUGCAGCCAGUCAUCGACACUUGCAUACUAUCCGUACUGCAUUGGAUCCUCGCAAAGCCAUAACUGUCAUCAACAUCAAGCUUAAAAAAGCCCAUGCCGUCGAAGAGGAAACCGAGGUCGAAGCCAAAAUUGUUGCUGACAUUGUGGAAGCACACCUGCAAGCACAAGUCACUCACGGAAAUAGCAGCAAUGACGUCGCAAAAGUGAUGGUGGCGACACCGCAUCAUCGACAACGCGUGGCAGUGGAGCAUCAGGUGUCACUUCGUCGUGGAUAUACCUUCCGUGAGCAAGUGACAGUGAACACGGUGGAAAAGAUGCAAGGGCAGGAGUGUGAACUUGUUAUUGCUUGCUUUGCCUUCCACGAUAUCACACCCACAAAGAUUGAUUUCUUGCUAGAUUUUAAGCGAUGGAAUGUGACAGUAUCACGUGCUCGAUGCAAGGUUAUUAUUGUUACUACGGAUGAUAUCCUCUCCCUUCCCAACAGACAAGGAGGCCAUUCGCUUGCUUUAUUUGAAAAGCGGGAAUCGGCAGAAGGAUGGGGCUUUGUCUGCAUGGUUCAAGAGUGGGCGAAAAAGGCUGAUGCACUAGUCAAUUGGGAUGCGUAAUAAAAAAGAUGGUGACUCCUGUGUAGCGUAUAGUCCUCUAAACAUCUAGCAGCAGUAGCUGAAAAGAAAUGUGGAUGUGCUGUUGUGAGGGGAAGGGAAGAAGACCAGUCAACAUGUGCACAGACCAUGUCAAAAAAGAUGUAAAAACAGCUUCAAUUUUUGCAAUAUCAACUGAAAGAAGCAUCUGUUGCGGAUUAUGAGGAAUAAAAUGAUGCG